UUGUCGAUAUAGAAAGCAGAGCGCUGCUCAAGCCAAUCCAUUUCGCGCUUGCAAUGGAGGGCAAACUCUCCAAGAGGGCAAGGCCUGAGAAAGAGGAGGAGAUGAACGUGAAGCAGCGAAAGUUGGACAGCUGGUGCCGCCCGAGGUCGGAAACACCGGCGGCAGUGGCCACUCCUUCGCGUGCUGGCUCUUGGAUGUUGGAGGAGCUUCCAGACGCUGCGUCUUUGCGCCUCAAGGGCACCAUGCGCAUGGACGUGCGCGGCAAGCGCAAAGAGGAGGUGGUGGUGAUUCCAGACUCCGAUGAGGAAAGGGAAACCGUGCCCAAGCGGAGCACGAAGGGCAUUCUGCGCGUGUCGGCGGGCCGUGCGGCGGCCGUGGCGGGGAUUCAUUGCUAUGCCGAUGUGGGGGAGGUCUUUUUGGAGCUCCUCUACCAGGAUCAGCCGGAGCUGCUCCUGGCAGAUGCGCAGCUGGCGGGCGUUGAAGUGGUUUCCCCUCAGUUGGAGCGCGCGCGGCUGGUGGAGAAGAGCGGGGAGGCCACAGGCUUGGAGGCAGCACUCAAGGCCGCCCAAGAGGCUCAGAAUGUGGAGGCUGCCGAGGGGGCUCGCAGCCAACUGCGAGACCUCGUGGCGAAGGCCAAGGCAGAUGGACGAAUCACAGCUGAAGAGGCGGCAGAGUUGCAACAAACUUUGGAGUUGGAAGUGAACCUCGACUUUGGCGCGCGGCACGAGGACUCAGCGAUCGAACGUUACGAGAAGAAGGUGGGCUCCAAAGUCUAUGGCCAACAACAACGCCUUUGCCUUGGCUUUGCCCUCUUCAAAGACCUCCUUUGCUUCCAACCGAAGUCCACCGUCCACGGUGACCUUGUGGCAUCGUCAUGGUGGAGCGCGUGUCUUUGGCCCAGGAAGCCGCAAGGCAUGAGGCAGAGAGCGCUGCUGUGGAUCCACCAGCUGAGGCUCAGAGGCCUGACAGCAGCAACUCACGCAUGGCACUCUCAGACGCACGAGUCGCGGCAAGCAGGUUUGAGCAGUCGGUGCUGUCGCAGGGCGUUCAAGUUGCUCCAGGCAUUCUUCAUGUUUGAGGCCUGCGGAUGUCUUGGCCCACUCUACGUCUUCCCACUCUUGCGCCCCACUUCUUCAAUGAGACGGUUCACCUGGUGCCUUGCCGGCUUAGACUGUUUGAGGAGCUCAUUUUAUCGUGAAGGGCACAGAUAUCCGCCACUCUGCACAGCCAGCUGUUUCAGAGCGGCACUUUGCCAUUCGUGGCGUCCUGCGACCCAGAUGCAAAGUCCCAUAAGAUGCGUGCACAGAGUUGCUCAUUAUUGGGGCCACUGCUGAAAGCAACAAAGUUGCUUGGGGCAUGCAACUUGCCAUUGCGAUUGGGAGAUGC